GAUGGAAAUAUGCGGCCAUUUUCGUACCACGCUAAGAUGAAAUAUCGAAAAUGAAAUAGAUUUCUAUUCUUUAUUAACUUUAUUAGUAUAUCAUAUCCUAUUCUUUAAGUAUGGAGGCUGUGCGCGCGUUUAACAAUGAGUUAUCCUCUCUCUAUGAGGUCCGACCACCAGUGUCGCGUGCCAAAAUGGCCCAUAUCACCAAGACAGCCAUCAAAGCUAUUAAAUUUUAUAAACAUGUGGUGCAGAGUAUCGAAAAGUUCAUCCAAAAGUGUAAACCAGAAUAUAAAGUACCAGGAUUAUAUGUUAUUGAUUCAGUUGUUCGACAAUCAAGACAUCAAUUUGGUUCUGAUAAAGAUGUAUUUGCUCCAAGAUUUACUAAGAAUAUUGUAUCAACUUUCCAAAAUCUCUUUAAAUGUCCUGUUGAAGAAAGGAGUAGGGUAGUUCGAGUCUUAAAUUUGUGGCAGAAAAAUGGUGUUUUCAGAGUAGAAAUCAUUCAACCAUUGUUGGAUCUGGCAGCAGAUCCAAAUAAUGUCCAGUUAGUUCUUGCAGCCCAAAGAGCUGUUGAAAGUGUUUGCAACAUGAAGCACCCACCUGUUCCAACCCAGCCACGAACAUCAGCAACACCAGAAAAAAGUGCCAGUGCAGCUAAAAAGCAAGCCCCCGAAAAAGGAAAGGCAACUCAAAAUGAUAUGUUAAACACAGUUACCAUGUUAUUAAACCAGUCUCAGGAGGGUCAGUCAAGUUUAAGUGCUCAACAACAAAAGUUGCAUCAGCUACAGCUAUUGCAGAAACAAUUGAUGCAGCAAACCGAAAUGAUGCAAAAACCACAACAGAAACAAGCACCUGUUAUUGAUGCUAAUCUUCUCGCCCAGAUUCAAACUUUAACAAAUCAGUUAUUAAGUAAAACAUCUGCUGAUGGAAAAGGUGGUCCACCAGAACCAGGUUUCAAUAAAAAACUUCUUGAUUUUGACUACGGUGAAAGUGACGAUGAUGAUGAGGGUAGGAAAGAUGACACUCAUGCGCUUCAAGGAACUGUGCAAAAUAUCUUAAAUGAUCCUAACAUCAUGCAGAGAAUACACCAGAUGUCUCAGUCUUUACAAAAUCCUGAUAUAAGUGUACAAGAACAACUUCAUCAACAACUCCUUCAACAACAAGAACAGUUUGAUAAGGAGAUUGGACAGGGUUCUGCUAUGAUGAUGCAAGGAAUGAUGGAGGAUCCUCGAGGUAUGGGACAUCCUAACUCCAAUGAAGCAAUGGAAUUGGAUCCUAGUAUUGAAAUAAUCGAAAUUCCUCCACCACGAGAAGACAGAUCAGAUAGAAGACAUCGGGAUCGUUCAAGGUCACCGAAAAGACGAAGAAGAUCUAGGUCAAGGUCAAGAGAUAGGAAACGUAGGUCACGGUCAAGAGACAGAGAUCGACAUCGUAGAUCACGUUCUCGAGAUAGGGAAAGGGAAAGAGAAAGGGAUAGACAGAAGGAAAAAGAUCGUGAAAGGAGAAGAAAAGGUUUACCUCCAAUGAAAGAAGAACACCUUAGUGUUUGUAGCAAAACCUUGUGGCUUGGACACGUUGCCAGAUCAACCACAGAAGAUGAGUUAAAGUUUGAAAUAGAGAAAUAUGGUACAAUAGAGAGUAUAAAUAUGAUUCCUCCAAGGGGUUGUGCGUUUGUUUGUAUGACGAAAAGAAAAGAUGCUUAUAAAGCAGUGGAUAGAUUACAGGGGUUAAAAUUAAAUGGAAGUUUAUUGAAGGUGGCAUGGGCUCCUGGUUUUGGUGUGAAAGGUCCACAGUAUAAACAAAUGUGGGACGUAGAUCUCGGAGUGACAUAUAUACCAUGGGAUAAACUACCCCAGGAUGUACCACAGCUUGUAGAAGGUGGUGAUAUAGAUACAGAAACAUUACCGGAACAUUUAAAGGGGUUGAAAUUUGGGCCGUCUGAGGAGGAGGAACAACAAAUGCAAGAAAAUUUGAAUAACAUGCCUAAGAUGUUACCACCACCUGAUAUGACUAAUCCACCGCCUUUUCCACCGGGACCAGGUGGUCCAGGGGGACCUCAUGGACCUGGUGGGCCGAAUGGACCUCAUGGACCUGGUGGGCCAAAUGGACCGCAUGGGCCUGGUGGGCCGAAUGGACCUCAUGGACCUGGUGGGCCAAAUGGUCCUCAUGGACCCGGUGGGCCUGGUGGGCCGAAUGGUCCUCAUGGACCCGGUGGACCUAGUGGCCCUGGUGGAGGAGGUCCCAAUCAAGUACCUGCAGGCAUGCCACCUCAUAUACCAGGAAUGAUGCCACCUAUGAUGAUAUCAAUGACAGGACAGAUGCCUGGUCCAAUGCCCCCAGGAAUGCCACCAAGAGGUUUACAAUUACCACCUGGUGCUCAUCCUGGUAUGCAGUUAACACCUGGACAAAUGCAAAGGAUGCCACCCCCUGGUGGUAUGUUGCCAGUUAGGAGUCUGGCAAGUGGAGGAAUUCAGAUGCCACCUGUGUCUAUUGCCAGUUUACAGGCAGGAUUAUCUGGUCAAGCUGUAAGUCGUGGUCAGGUUAUGUUGAGCACCAGUCCAAUGCCAGCAGGAAUGACAGUUCGUCCACCCCUCCAGAAUAUCUUAACAUCGGCAGCCAACAAUUUGCAAGCUAUGCAAAAUGUUCCCGGCGUUGGUCGUCCUAGUUUCAAUCCUCAAACUGGGGGUAUGGAGAUACCAACACAUUUACCACCACCUAGGUUCCGUAUGAUGAUGCCUGGAAACCCAAUGCUAAGACCUCCCUUCAACAACCUUAUGAGUAAGCCAGAUGAUGAAGAGGAAAAUGAGUGGGAAGAUGAAGAGGCGGAGGAUGUUGAUGAUCGUAUUCUGCCACCUGGCAAUCCUAAUUUUAGUAUGCCACCAAAUUUCACUCUUCGUCCUGGUAUGAUGCCUUUGCUUCAGAGAGGAAUGCCACCAAGAAUGUUAAUACCAUCUCUUUUGCCAGGCUCCCCUGCCCGCCCAGGAGCACCCAAUUCAAUACCCCUUCUAGGUGCCAGCCCACGACCCCCGCUAAUGAGGAUGCCUGAUCAGAGACCUGGUACACCUAGAAUGUUGCGACCUAAUGUACCUGUGACAGAAGUACCAACUAGUUCUCCUGGUCCUGGUACUGUUAUGAGACCAGUAUUGGGUGUUCAUCCCCCUGGUGCAAGUCCCAGGAUGUUGGGUAAUCCCAGACCAGGACUACUGGGCUUUAGACCUCCAGGAUUUCCAAGAUUUAUGAAUCCAAAUUUCCGUGGAACUCCAGAUGGUCCUAGUGCUGAUGGACCUAAUUUUAACGACAGAGAUCGAUUUGGUGGACCAAAACCUCUAAUGGAAGUCGAUUUCCGAGGAAUGCCAAGAAUGCUUAUUGAAAAUGAUAACAAUGAAGAUGAAGAAUUUGAAGAAAAUGAAAACGACUUUGUUAGGGAACCCUUCCGACGUGAUAGUAAUGACCGGGAUGACAGAAAGGAUCGAGAACAAGAUCAUUUUGAGAAAGAUCAUGGUUUUAGAAAUCAUCACGAGAAGCGACCCCGUAAUAGAGAUCGUUCUAAUCGUCAAAGUAGGUGGAGUGAUGCCACUCCAGAUGAAAUGAAUGUAGACAUUCCUGUUAAUGAUAGUUUACCAGGUGCUACAGAAACCAAUCUAAACAUGGAGACUAAAACAGACAGUAAUAUAAAGAUAUCUAACACUGAACCACUAUUGCCAAUACUACCUAAUGGUCCGGAUACUAAUCAGUUAAAUUUAAAUAAAAAUGACAGCACGAAUAUCGAAGUAAAACCCACUGAGAAUAUAAGUGAUAUUUUCAAAAACACAAAAAACAAUGGUGAAAGUAAAACUGUGGAAGCAGUGAAAGAUGUCAGUGUUGAAAGCAUUAAGACUAUUGAACCCUUUGUUAUUCCACCACCCGUCAUGGCUCCUCCUCCUGCUAUACCUCCUGUCAUAGCAACAACUCCUGUUAACACACCUUCUGUAGUAACAACCCCUGUCAUUAAACCUGCAGUCGUGGCUAACCCUGUUGCUCCUAUUCAACCAGUUAUUGCUAAUGUGCCACCAGUCAGCCCUGUGGUUAUGACAGAAACAAAAGCUGUUGAACCUGCACCGGUUGCCGUGGAAACUAAAAGUGUAGAAAACCCACCAGCGCUUGUUGAAACCAAAUCUGUGGAACCUCCGAAAGACAUAAAUGAAAGUAAAAGCGCAGAAAAACCAUCCGAAUUAUCAAAUGCUAUAAGUGACCCUACUGAUAGUUAAUAGUGGUUAUUCUUAAAGUAAACAAAUUAAUCUGUCAUAUCUUUUCUACAAAACAUUAAUUAUGACAAUGUGACAAGGAAUUGUUAUUACUUUUUUUUUAUUAUUAUUUUUGUUUUAAAAUCAAGAGUGUGAUGGAAUUUGAACAUACUUAUUCGUAACCAGGAUAACUAAUUAUGAACCAGUGCAACAUCUGUCGUGUGUUCUAUUAAAAAAAAAAAUUUGUAACAAGCAAUAUUUGUUUGCACAGAUUUUAGUUAAAAAUCAUUUCGCUUCUUUAAAAAAUGGCACUUUAUUUUAAAAAAUGAAAAAUAGGUGCACAAAUUUAAAAGAGAUCAUUAAAUGAAGAUUUUAGGUGCACCAAGAGAUCACAAAAUGAAGAUUUUAGACGAUGAAGUUCGGUCUUAAAAAGACAAUUAACGAUUUCUAUACAUUGAUAUGUAUAUUAUUUUGACUUUAAAAUUGUGUAUAGGGACAUUGUGAGUGGAUUUCUGUGAUCCCAAUAUGAUGUGUAUACAUUGUUGAGUUUUUUUGUAUGUACAUGUAUUAUAUUACAAGACUUUGUUUUUAACUGAUUGAAUGUACAUGUGUGUGUAUGUCAAGUGGAGAUUUUAUUUUUCAUGAGAGCAAUAUUUUGAAUGUGAAUAGUUCUGUUUAUUUAUAUUAUAAAGGUGCAAACAAAGGCUGUUGAAUCAGCACAUUUUUAAAAAAAAUGAAAUAUAAAAUAUCGAAAAUAAUUUCUGGGCUUUUUUGUUAGUCUUGUUCUUCGUUUGAUGUCUGCUUCACUACUUUAUUUAGCUAUUCAAAUGAUGUUUUCCAGCUUAGAUUAUCAUGAAUUAGGUACUUUUCUUGCGUUGCUCAUAAUUGAUAUCUAUUAACUGAAGAAUCACCCUUUAAGACAUUCUUGAAGUGAUAUGAAAAUGGUUGAGGUUGAAAAGAUGGAAAUAUACACAUAUGACAUUCGGGAACUUCAAAAAUAUUUUUUGAAGGAAAACUAAUAAAAAUGUUUUCUAGAUGUAUUUUAGGCUAGAAAAUAUGAUAAAUGUUUUAGAAAUAAGAAAUAGUAUUAUCUAGUUGUAAGUAAUAUGAUCUACUGUAAAUUAUUUUCAUGUUAAAGGGAUUCUUCCUUUAAUAUUUUGCCAUGGAUCAGUUCUUUUGCAAGGUGACAAGGUGAGUUCAUUUUUUUAAAAUGAAAUCGUAAAUAAAUCAAAAAAAAUGAAUUAUAAUUUUCAAAAUAAGAAAAUGGGAUAGUAGUAAUAAUAAUAGCCUACUACAAACAUUUCCAGUAGAUAAAUGGAUCAGCAAAGGGGGUGGAGAUCUUUGCUGAAAUCUAAUUCUCCAAAUUAAUAGGGAGAAAAAUAAGCUUCAAAAUAAAUGACCUCAAUGCACCGAGUGGGUGUUAAUGACAAAUUGAUUGUUGUAAUAGCCGUUUAUUAAGCAUCUCGUUUAUUAAGCAUCUCGUUUAUUAAGCAUCUCGUUGGCAAUUGAUUUAAAAUCGUUUUGAGAAUAAGUUUUUAUUGGAGCUAUUAUAGAAAAUUAGGUUUGUUUCCUUACUCUUAAUUUUCUAAUGGGAGAUAAUAAUAUGGCUGCCUGGAAAUAAAGCCAAGCCCGUAAUAGGGCUUUUUGUAUGUUAUUGUUUAAAGGCAAAUUGAGUAGGAUUAAAUUUGAAGGAUUAAGAAGCAUACGUUAUUUUUACGGAUUGAUCAAUCACAAUUUAUUUCAACAUUAUGCCGAAGGCUGUAAUUUUUGUACAAAAUAUUUUGCUUUAGAGACGGGACUAUAUAUUCGGCGGCAAUUGACAGGUGAUUUGUCCCUUUAAAAUAUUAAAGAAAUAUCAAAUGCUAGUAAUCGGAGGGAAGUAAAUAUGAAAUGUGUUGGAUUUACUUUCAUAUUUCAAAGAUGGGCGAUUAUGUCGAGCGGAAAAUAAACGUAAGUAUGAAAGCUAAAUCUUCAAACUACAGUUUGGAUGGCGAAUAUGCGAAAUGCACGCCUUUUUUCUCUUUGAACUCCGGAGAGAUCAAUGGGUUUGACCACACGCAAAGUAAUGAUAACCCUGAAUUAAAAUUAGCAGGCCAACUGAAUAUUUUUGAAAAAUAUUAAAUUUCGGGAUAUGGUUUUGGUUAUAAACGAAAGCUGAAUAUGGUCAUUAAAUUUAACAUAAAGAUAAAAUCGCGUUUCUUUCAUUAUUAAACAGAUGUCAACCAGUUUGGCACACUAUGAGUUAACUUACUCAUAUUCAUAAAUUGGGACUAGACACACGCGUGAUUAGGUUUUCGUCGUGUUAAGAAGUAGAUACCAGUAUGCUAAAUGAUCAAAGUCUGUUUAUUGGGCUUUCGUAUUGUUGUUAGAUUCAUUUGUACCUUAUUGAGAUGCCCCCGGUGUCGUCAUUUAUUAAAAGGAACAAUUAAAUAUCGGUGUCUAUAAUUGACAUUUUAUGUUCAAUGGGAAAUUUUGUAUUGUUAUUCGCCUAUAUGAUGAGUUACCCUAUAUUUGUAUAUACAUGUAGUUUAAUGAUAAAUUGGAUUAAUUACUGUACAAUAGGAGUGACUACUCUCUUCAUAAAAAAUAUACAUGUACAUAAAAUAAAA